CCGGAAGCCAAACCCACGUGCGCAUGCGCACUGGAGCCCUAACGAACCCCCCCCCCCACCCGGUUACUAUAGGGAGGCAAAAUGAGUAGCUCUGAAGAAGUGUCGUGGAUCUCCUGGUUCUGUGGGCUGCGAGGAAAUGAGUUUUUCUGCGAGGUAGACGAAGACUACAUCCAGGACAAGUUCAACCUGACGGGUCUGAACGAGCAGGUUCCUCACUACCGCCAAGCGCUCGACAUGAUCCUUGACCUGGAGCCAGACGAUGAGCUGGAGGACAACCCUAAUCAGAGCGACCUCAUCGAGCAGGCUGCGGAGAUGCUGUACGGCCUCAUCCACGCCCGCUACAUCCUCACCAACCGCGGCAUCGCACAGAUGCUCGAGAAAUACCAGCAGGGCGACUUUGGCCACUGCCCCCGCGUUUACUGCGAGAACCAGCCGAUGCUGCCCAUUGGUCUGUCGGAUGUCCCGGGCGAGGCGAUGGUGAAGCUCUACUGCCCCAAGUGCAUGGACGUGUACACACCCAAGUCGUCGCGUCACCACCAUACCGACGGAGCCUACUUUGGCACCGGAUUCCCGCACAUGCUUUUCAUGGUGCACCCCGAGUAUCGGCCCAAGCGCCCGGCGAACCAGUUCGUGCCGCGCCUCUACGGAUUCAAGAUCCACCCCAUGGCCUACCAACUGCAGCUGCAGGCCGCCGCCAACUUCAAAAGCCCAGUGAAGGCGCUGCGCUAAAAUCGCUGGCGCGGAGAAGACUCGACCGUGUACACACACGCACGUACACACACGCACGUACACGCACGUACACGCACGUACACGUACACCACCACACCUGUGUCCACGCACACAUGGCUACGUGUGUGUGUGGACACACGCGCUUAUGCGUGCGUGUAUACAUUCAGGCAUACGUUGAUAAACACCUACACACACGAGUAUAGAUAUACACGACUGCACACACAGACACAGGGAUGCAUGUAUGGGUACGCGCGUGUGUGUAUGCAACUCUGAUGUGUGCACGCACAAACGUGCGUAUGGAGGGAAACGUGCACACGCGCGCGCACGUAUGCAUACACGCGUAUGCACGUGCACAAUCACCACCCACCACACACACACAGACAGCUGUGACUCCCAAAGUCCCCAUUAGUUCGUUAACAUUAAAUCGUGAAUGUUAAGGAGCUCUGCCAGAAACGUCGAUGGGCAGUGUUGUGAGUCUUGCCCUUUGGUGACCCCCCUCCCCCCACGCAGAUGAACACAGUUUGAGUUUGGCGACCGAUUGCACAAGAAAAAAAAAUGAUGAUGAUAAUCCACACUCCCAGCGAACGCUUCGGUGUUUUCAUUACGUGCGUCUCUCGCGGGGGCAAACGCAUCGAUUUCCACCCCGACGGUAGUCGUGGGUCCGAAUCGUCCCGGGAGCCUUUUGUGUAAACAACUCAGGGGGGGGGGGGGCGGUGGUGGUGGGGGGCCUUGGCGUUUCUCUGGCGUGAAUUUGAUCCUUUGAAAUCGGUAAAUGUGUUUCCUCGUCAGUCGUUAACCACCCACACCCUCCCCCCCCCUUCGUGUUGAGUUACCGGCCCGCGGAAGUGGAUAAUGCGGAGCCACUCGCGAGGUCUUUCCCCACGUGACACGCCGCUGGUCUUGGAGGGGGGGGGUGGGGGGCAGCUAUCCCGCCCGCGCAUUUAAUUUCGGGAGCCGGAGGCUGUGAAUGUAGGCGAAUUAAAAUGCGGGGAGCUGGGACCCCGGCUCUCAACGGGGGUCUGACUCGUCAUCUCUCACCUCUAAGCCAUCAACCCGCACCACAAAAACAACAAAGAUCCCCCGUGUAGCCUUUGCAGACUUGGCGCAAGUGCUGUUAGCGAGCACGCAUGAAGGCCGGCAUGGCACGCGAGGGGAGUUGGUGGUCAAUGCCACGCCCGACCGCGUUUGUCUCCCCAGUGGCGGUGUUUCAACUGCACCAGGUAUUCAUUUGAGGCUGAGUCGACCUAGGGGAGGCCCAGAUAAUUGUCGCUGGUGUUGGCCGUGAGCGGGAAUUGAACUCGGGUCUCACAGGUUCAUAGCAGAGUGCGCUAACCGCUACACCACCCCACCACACACUAAUUUAAGAUAAAAUUAAUACUUAGAAGAAAUAACAAUGACAUUGGCUCUUCACUUAUCAGGCACAAAAAAAUUAGAGAAUAAGUACGUCUAUAGAAAGUUUAAGUUAACAUUUUAAUACAAAAAAAGCAAAUGUGACGCGCUGAAGAUUGCUGUUGCGAACGCACGGCGUAUUCCAAGAAGGUUAAUUCGUUUUUAUUUUGCGGAUGUUUUGUGUUUGUGAAAUAAAAUUCUUCCCAACAG